UGGCAUAAUUACAUUUUACUGCUGCAGUUCGAAGAUUGACUCUGAUUUGACUGAUUUAGUCUGGCGAGUGAAGUUCUGUUAUCGAUUGGUUGUGACUGCACAGGAAGUCUUUUGACUGAACAUGGCGGCUACUCCAGCAACAAACCCGUCACAACUGCUCCCAUUGGAGCUUGUGGACAAAUGCAUCGGCUCUCGAAUUCACAUUGUCAUGAAAACCGACAAAGAAAUUGUCGGCACCCUUCUGGGUUUUGAUGACUUCGUCAAUAUGGUCCUGGAGGACGUGACGGAAUUUGAAAUCACACCAGAGGGACGGAGGAUAACCAAACUGGACCAGAUCCUCCUCAAUGGCAAUAACAUCACCAUGCUCAUCCCCGGAGGAGAAGGACCAGAGGUUUAAGACACUAGAAGUGGAAGUGUUUUUUUGUUGUCGACUCAUGCUUUUCCUGUUCUGUGUUAAUGUUCCUUUGUUUAUUAUGUAAUUCCUUCGAAUUCACGAGGGAGGAAAAUAUUUUUGUAAUCAGACUGUUUGAUAAGUGCAUCACAUGUCUCACAUGACAAAAGCCUGUUUUUGUUACGAAUAAAUGAGAAUCUCAGACAAACUGAAAAAAAA